UCGACCAAAGCAUUCAUCAGGCGACAUCUGCGUGUACAAAAGCUAUGUCUUGCCGUCAAGCGUCAACAGGAACAAUUAGAUUUCGGCUCAGCAGCUGGGCAGAAUAACAGAGAGUGUUUACUUCAACCUGCUUUCACAUUUAGCAUGUCAGCUACACUGAUAUGACUUGUUCUGACGGAGCUGCUCAACGAUUUAGUUACGUUUUUCAUUUCCUUCUCAUGGCUGUACCUCUGUUAGUGCUUUUCCUGCUUUUAGCUUCUUAUCACGAGACUGAUGGUACCCUGCGCUUUGCCUCCUAUUAUGGAGAUCACAUGGUGCUGCAGAAGGCUCCAGAGAGGGCGGUGCUGUGGGGCUACGGACCUGAAGAUGCCCAGGUCACCGUCUUCUUGUCAGGACCAACAAAACAGAAAGCCUCAUCUGUCUCUGUGACAGAAGGUAUCUGGAAAGUCACCUUCGACCCUGUUGAAGCUGGUGGUCCCUACAAUGUGACCGCAGCCAUAGAUGGCAGUACAGCCACGCUCACAGAUGUGCUGUUUGGAGAUAUUUGGCUGUGUGGAGGGCAGAGCAACAUGUACUUUUUUGUAUCGCAGAUUUUCAAUGCAUCAGAGGAACUGGCCCACGUAGAGGAGUUCCCCCAUGUGAGGGUUUUUAUGGCCGCCUUGAACCAGAGUAAAACCGAGCUCUCUGAUUUGAAUGGCGUGGAGAUUCCCUGGUCUUUGCCUACAAAAAGAACAGUGGCUAAUUUCUCUGCAGUCUGCUGGCUCUUUGGACGUAUCAUGAACAAGAACCUGAAGUACCCCAUCGGGCUGGUAGAGUCCUGUUGGGGGGGCACGCCUGUUGAGGCCUGGUCAUCUUCAGGGGCUCUGCAGAAGUGUGGACUGGAAGGAUCUGAGGACGGUCCAUUAGGAAAUUCUGUGUUGUGGAAUUCAAUGAUUCAUCCACUGCUUAACAUGACCAUUAAAGGAGCCCUCUGGUACCAAGGUGAAAGGAAUGCAGAAUACCAUCAAGACAAGUACAACUGUACCUUCCCUGCCAUGAUCGAUGACUGGAGGAUGAAGUUUCACCAAGGCUCAGGGGGGCAGACUGCCAUGGACUUCCCCUUUGGAUUUGUUCAGUUGUCUACAUACAAAAAACACUCCACUGAUGACGGCUUUUCAAACAUCCGCUGGCACCAGACAGCAGACUAUGGUUAUGUUCCUAAUGCACGGAUGAAGAAAAUCUUUAUGGCGGUGGCUAUGGAUUUACCAGAUGAAACCUCGCCCUACGGCACAAUCCAUCCCAGAGACAAACUAGAUGUAUCCUUCAGACUGACAUUAGGAGCUAGAGCAGUGGCUUAUAAUGAGGAGGAUGUGCCCUUCCUCGGACCUUUCCCAAAAAGUAUCAUGUCCAAUAAAAAGUAUGUCAACGUGACCUAUGACCAGACCGUGUCUGUUAAACCAGCUGAGGACAUCUUUGAGAUCUGUUGCUCUGGGAGUCGUGAACCAUGUGGACCAAAGUCUCAGUGGGUUCCAGCUUCCAUCAUGCACUGGGAUCAAACCACUGUCCAGUUACUUGCCAACUUGUGUAAGGAUCCUGAUGAGGUUGCUGGCCUCCGGUAUGCAUGGAGGGACUGGCCCUGUGACUUUAAAGCUUGUCCAAUCUACAGUAGCGAUAGAAUUUUACCUGCACCCCCUUUCAUUGCUAGCCGCUUUCCAGAAAAAGGAAAAAUCUGGAUAAACUACUAAAGGCCAUUUGAACACCAAGUCCGUAAAUGUUAGCUGAUUCUUUUGGAUUUGUAAUCUAAUUAAAAAUGGCAGAGCCAUUCAUUUAUUUAGGAUAUUUUCACAAACUGAAAAAUGGAGGACAUUUUUUCAAUUUUGUCUCUUUUUUUAAAUGGCAGAGCACAAACUUAGUGGGGGGCUUGAAUGUUUUACCUGUUUAUUGAUUUUAUAAGUCAAUCAUAGUCAAUAUGAUUUGGCUUUUUUGAGAAAAAAGUACAAAAAAACUCUUUUGUGUCCAAGUGAAAACAUAUUUCUACAGAGUAAUGUCAAAUAAAAAUAUGCAAUUUAAAAUAAGUAACUGCAUAAAUAUUCACUCCCUUCAGGUCAGUAUUUACCGUACUUUUGCAACAAUCACAGCACUGAGUCUGUGUGGAUUUCAGUCUCCUCUUUGCAAACCUGCUCAAUCUCUGUCAGGUUGCACAGGGAUCAGGCAUGAGCAGUUCUUUUCAAGUCCAGCCAAUUCUCUUUUAGACUGAGGUCUGGGCUUUGACUUGUCUGCCCCAGAUACAACCUGCUGCCGGGAACCAUUUCUGUGAAGGUUUGGCUGUAUGCUUCAGGUCAUUAGCUUGCUGGAGAAAUAAAUCUUCUCCCAAGCAAUAAUUCUCGUGCAGACUUUAAACAUGGUCCUUCAGGAUUUUUACUCUAUUUUGAAGCAUUUAUUUUACCCUCUACCGUUACAAGCCUUCCAGGGCUGGCUGCUGAGAAGCAUCCCUACAGCAUGAUGCUGCCACCACCCUGCUUUGCAGUGGGGAUAGUGUGUUUGAAGUGGUGUGCAGUGUCGCUUAAACAUAGCGUCAAAAAGCACCAUCUUGGACUCAUUAGGCCAAGGAACUUUCUUCCACUUGACUAUGGAGUCUCCCACAUACCUUUGGUGAAAGCUAGUCCAGAUUGAAUCUGAGUUUUCUUCAGCAGUGGCUACCUCUUUGCCACUCUCCCAUAAAGCUUUGACUGG